UUUGCUUUUCGUUUUAGUAGCUGGAUCAAUUUUGUUGCUUCUAAUUUUGGAUUUCCCUUGUCGAUCACUCUUUUUAGUUCAUGUGCAUUUCGUGGAAGAGAUUGUUAAAAAGUGAACCUUCUCUUGGUUCGUUUCAUCGUACUCUCGUAGGACUUCUGUCUCUUCAAUCUUGUUUCAUGUAUCUCUGCCAAGAUAGAUUCGUGUGAGAUAGAAUGGAUUCAUGGGUUUUCGUUUUUCCAUGCACUUGGAUUGAUUUUCAAAAUGAAAUGAUCUGCCUUUUUGUUUUAUCUUAUCCUAAUAGGCUUGGUCUUUCAUUCUUAUGAUAAUAAUCUACUGGAACUGUUUAACCUCAGAGGAAAGCUUGAAGCUGCAGAAUAAUGUUCAGGGAAGGUUUCCAAAGUAAAGGUUUACGAGAGGAUGGUGCUUCAAGAGGAGCAAAUUCUAAGCGUGUUGCUCCUUCUGAUUCGUUCGAUGAUGAGACAUGCUCUGUUGGAUCAAAGGCUCAUUGUGCAGAUGAUUUGUCUAAAUUAGCAUCCAGCACUGCAGCUUCACAUGAAGCAAAAAAUGAAUGUGAAAUUCCAUAUAUACGUAGCUUAGAACCACCAACAAGAGAAAUGGCAGAGACUGGAACGAUAAAGAACGAGACAUUGCCUUCCCGUUUUCCCACCUUUCAUGCAAGUGAACAAGGUCCAUGGUCUGCAAUGAUUUCCUAUGAAGCCUGUGUACGGCUAUGUCUUCAUUCAUGGGAAACAGACAGUGUCACCGAGGCUUCGUACUUCCUCAAUGAUGAUUGCACGUUAAUCCGAAAUGCAUUUGGUUUGCAGAAUUUCUUCCUUCAAUCUGAAGAAGAACUGUUGGGAAAUAGACCUUCUAGCUUGGUUACUGAGGCAACUGCUCCAAAAUUCAAGAGAAGUGUUGGAAAAAUCAAACUCCAAGUUGGUAGGAUCAAAAUGGGAUUAGAUCAACAACCUGGUUGCAAUAUUUCAUCACUGAAGCAUGAAAUCGUUCGCCAGCAAAUCGCGGAGCUGAAUUCUGCUUUGUCUUCUGGAUGGAAAGCAGUAAAGAGAGUUCAUGUCUCUCCUCCAGUUCCUUUGAAUGGUUCACUUUCACGGAAAAGUUUGGCAUAUAUGCGCGCAUGUGCUCACUACCUUAAACAGGUAUCAAAAGUCCUUAAACAAGAAUUUGUUACAUCUCACACCGGACCUCGCUCUCUCAAAGCAUUACAAGAAACUUUUACAUGUUCAUUAAGACUAAAGAGCUCUGCCGAGGAGGAUCAAGUUAAAACACUACCUGGAUCUGGCGAAACAUUUGUCUUCUUACCAGAUAGUAUCGGUGAUGAUUUGAUUGUUGAAGUUCGGGAUUCAAAGGGGCAGUUUUGUGGUCGUGUCUUAGCUCAACUAGCAGCUAUAGUUGAUGAACCGAACGAUCAUAAAUGGUGGGCAAUAUAUCAUGAACCAGAGCAUGACCGUAUUGGGAGAAUCCAACUUCAUAUAAACUACUCAAGCAGCUUAGAUGAAAAAACUAAGUGUGGGUUGGUUGCAGAAACUUCAGCUUAUGACUUGGUUUUGGAAGUGGCUAUGAAAGCUGAGCAAUUUCAGCGCCAAAAUCUGUUAAUUAAAGGGCCAUGGCACUGGAUGGUAACUCGAUUUGCAUCCUAUUACGGAAUUUCGGAUGCAUAUACAAAAUUAAGAUAUCUUUCAUAUGUCAUGGAUGUUGCCUCGCCUACUAAGGACUGUCUUGAUCUGAUAUAUGAUUUUCUGUCGCCUGUUUUAAUGAAAGGCAAUCACAAGGCUGUAUUGAGUCAUCAAGAGAAUCGCUUGCUUGGGGAGAUUGAUGAACAAGUUCAGCAGAUUCUUGCUCUGACAUUCGAGAAUUAUAAAUCUCUUGAUGAAUCUUCUUUAUCUGGAAUCAAAGAUGUUUUUGAGCCUCCUACAGGAAUUCCAGCGCCUGCUAUAGCGCCAGCUAUCAAGCUUUAUGGUCUUCUCAAUGACGUGUUAAGCCCUGAGGCACAACUAAGACUUUUCAGAUACUUUCAGGCUGCUUCAAAGAAGAGGUCAAGAAGAUACUUAUUGGAAACGAACAAUAUACUUCACAAUCAUAUUGAGGAUGCACAAGGCACUUCUUAUCAGAGGAUGAAGUCUUUAAUUUUGAGCCUUAAGAGUGAAAUCUCAACUGAUAUAGCCAUCCGUAACUACAAUGUGCUCCCAAGCUUUAUAGACCUUCCAAAACUUUCGGCGGCAAUAUAUAGUGUGGAUCUAUUCAACAGACUAAGGGAAUAUCUUAUUGCAUGGCCCCCUCCUUCUGCAACGCCUCCAGUUGUCGAGCUUAUCAUUACGACAGCUGACUUUGAAGCCGAUCUCUCUCGCUGGAAUAUAAAUCCAAUCAAAGGUGGUGUUACUGCCAAAGAGCUUUUUCAUUCAUAUAUUACUACUUGGAUCGAAGAGAGAAGAUGUUAUCUAUAUGAGUUCUGCAAGUCAGAAACGGCAAAAUCAUGUAGUGAGAUUCAAGGCUUGACCUCUCCUUUAGUUGAUGAGAUGUAUGAGUUACUCAACGCGACACUUGAUGAGUAUGAUAUCAUCAUCAGGCGUUGGCCCGAAUAUGCGGCAUCCUUGGAGAAACUUGUAGCCGAUGUGGAGAGGUCUAUUAUUGAAGCAUUGGAGAAGCAAUUUUCGGAAGUUUUGUCUCCGUUGAAGGAAAGCAAGGUAUCUCCCCUGAAGUACGUCCAGAGAUUGACAAAAACGGGCCAAUCUAAUCUCUAUGCUGUUCCAAAAGAACUUGGAGUUCUUUUAAAUUCCAUGAAAAGAGUGCUUGACACAUUACGGUCAAGUAUAGAAAAUCGGUUCAAAGUGUGGAACUCUUAUCUUCCUGACAAAGAAAAGAGAGUUUUGGGAGAGCAGCUGAGCGAAGUGACUGUACAGCUAAGAGCCAAAUUCAGAAGUUACAUGCAAGCGCUCGUGGAGAAACUUGCAGAGAAUACGAGGAUACAAAGCCACAUGAGAAUGAAGAACAUCAUCCACGACUUACAGGAAACAACAGCAGAACCAGACGUUAGAAACAGAAUGCAGAGUUUGAAAGAUUUACUAGACAAGACCAUUGAUCAUCUGCAUUGUGUUUUGUCACUCGAUGUGUUUGUAUUAAUAUGCAGAGGAAUAUGGGACAGACUGGGACAGGAUGUGCUGCGGCUUUUGGAAGACAGAAGAGACAAUGUGAUUUGGCACAAAGGCCCGAGGAUCGCAGUUUCUGUUCUAGAUGAGAUAUUUGUGACUCAAAUGCAAAGCUUACUCGGGAAUUCGUUAAAGGAAGAGAAUUUGGAGGCACCAAGAUCGAUGAUUGAGCUUCGAUCUAUGCUUGUGUAAAGAUUCAGAUCAUGAGAACACUACUGAGAAAGAAGCAGAGAAAGAAUCUGUUCUCUGGUGGUAGUUAAUAGAAAAAAACAGUGGGAAACCAUUAGUUUGAAUAUAAAAGUUAGGAAUGGUGUAGAUAGAUUAGCGAGGACUCAUAUAUUCAUAUUUUUUUGGUUCUCUGCUUAAUAAAAUGUAUAUAUAACUCAGGUUUCGAUAAAAAUCUGAUAAACAACUUCUUCUUCGUUGGCACCAAAAAUAAGAAUCAAGCGGUUAUUAA